CACAGAGCCAGCAUUCAUUCUCGGGCUGCGAGCGAGGGGGCUGGGAAGCGAGCGUCACUCUGGAGACUCGGGAACUCACGGAUCCUCGUGCUAAACCGGCGACCUCCUUUUCUCAUUCCCGAAGUCCUCGCUGUUGGAUUUCGACCGCAGGACAGCCGCAGGAGAGAGAGAACGGGAAGUCAGAAAGGAAGUGGGACUGGGUGAGUUUGGCACGGACCGCUGUCCAUUAGCAGGUAAACUGGGGUCCAAGGUGCGCACUGAGCCGCCUAUGAUACCAACAACGCGGAUGGAAAGAACUUUAAUGUGGAACCCUCACAGAGUUUUGCAACGCAGGCUCAGAGUAGAGACAGACUGGCAGUUUAUAUUAUAACUUCAUUGGAGGCCAAAGAGACAGAAGGGAGAGCUUCCGCUCGGUGAGUCAUUCUGAGGUACAUAGGUAGAAGCCGGAGCCUGACAGGUAGAGCUGAGCUUUCAGGAACAGAGUUUGGUACUCCGGACGAGAGAGAGAGAGAGAGAGAGAGUGUCUAAGAGAGAGAAAUAGAGAGAGAGAAAGGGGGGCAAAGAAGAUGUCCAGAGAGGUCCAGAGCAUUUCAGAGUUGGAGCUCAGUCCCGGCAUCUCGGACGACAGUCGCUCCCUGUCCCCGGGUCAUUCCUCCAGCGCGGCAGACGGAAUCGACUCGCCUCUCGGCGGGCAGGAGCCGCAGCUGACGGCUCUGGACGAGGCCUCGGCGGGCUGCUCCUCCGCCAGGUCCGACGACGAGGACGAGCGCUUCCCCGCCGGCAUCCGCGAGGCGGUGAGUCAGGUGCUCAACUGCUACGACUGGACCAUCGUGCCGAUGCCCGUGCGCGUGAGCGCCGGAAGCAAGAGCAAGUCGCACGUGAAGAGGCCAAUGAACGCCUUCAUGGUGUGGGCGCAGGCCGCGCGGAGGAAACUGGCCGACCAGCAUCCACACCUGCACAACGCGGAGCUCAGCAAGACCCUGGGGAAGCUGUGGAGGCUUCUCAAUGAGAGUGACAAGCGACCGUUCAUCGAGGAGGCCGAGAGGCUGAGGAAGCAGCACAAGAAGGAUUACCCGGACUACAAAUACCAGCCGCGACGCCGUAAAAACGGGAAGCUCGGCUCCGGGUCAGGAAGUGAGGCCGAUGGCCAUUUGGAGGGUCAGAGCCACAGUCCUCCCACACCUCCCACCACUCCCAAGACCGAACUUCAGUCUGGAAAGACAGGAGAUGGUAAGAGGGAGGGAGCUGGGAAUGGCGGCACACGGGGGACAACGGGAGCAGAAGGCGUUCCUGGAUCUGGCAAACCUCACAUUGACUUUGGUAACGUGGACAUCGGUGAGAUAAGCCAUGAGGUGAUGGCCAACAUGGAGCCGUUUGAUGUCAAUGAGUUUGACCAGUACCUUCCCCCCAACGGGCAUCCAGGGGUUGGUGCAGCAGCAGGAGGAGCUGCAGCAGCCUCUCCGGCCUCUCCGUUUGCCUACGGCAUUUCGUCGGCUUUGGCUGCAGCCGGCGGUCACUCCGCAGCUUGGCUCUCGAAGCAGCAGCAGCCGCAGCAACAUCACAGCUCCCCCCUGGGCUCAGAUCCAUACAAGGCGCAGAUUAAGAGCGAGGCCGAAGGUUCUGGGUCUCACUUUGCGGAAGCAGCCUCAGCAGGUGCCCACGUCACCUACACGCCGCUCAGCCUUCCCCACUAUAGCUCUGCUUUCCCCUCGUUGGCCUCAAGGGCUCAGUUUGCGGAAUAUGCCGACCACCAGCCUUCGGGGACGUACUACGGCCACUCCGGCCAGGCUUCGGGGUUGUACUCUGCCUUCUCUUACAUGGGGCCUUCGCAGAGGCCUCUUUACACCGCCAUCACUGACCCAACCAGUGCAUCGCAGUCGCACAGCCCCACGCACUGGGAGCAGCCCGUCUACACAACAUUAUCGCGGCCAUGACAGAUGGCCAUAGCAGAAAGUGCCGGUGCAGGUUCAGCCCCAGUGUCAGACCAAAGCAGGAGAGGCGGCUCUGUUUGCUACGUCAGAGAUAGAAGUGCUCUGGUCUGUGGGGGAGUGGGCCAGCACUGGGGGAGUCGGCUGGAGACCCAGAGGGGGAAACACCUUCUGACCUCGGCCAGGUGGAGCGCAUGCUGUUACAGCACCGAGUGUACCGAGUGUGGACCUUUUAAUCAAGUUUAAGUCGCCGCCGGCACUUGGUGUAGGAGUCUGGGAUUAUAAUACCUUGGUAAUGCGAAGAAAAACAUCCACAGCAGAGUUUCUGACACUUCCAACAUCAAAACUAUGCAUGGGCAUCGUGUUCCCGUUAGUGUGGAAACUUCACGUGAAUUACAGCUGGCUGGUCUUUUUUUGUCUUUUUUUUUUACCCCUCCAAGGGGUCUUUUUGUGGGCUCUAGUGACCCUUAUAUGACAGUAGGCUGACAGGAAAGGGGAAAGGAGAGGGGGGGAAGACAUGUGGCAAAUAUCGUCAGGUCCGGGAAUCGAACCCGCGAUGGCCGCGUCAAGGACUCAAGGCCUCCAAACAUGGGUCGCGCUGUCCCCUACGCCACCACGGCACGCCCCGGCACUUUGUCUUUUACGAGCCUCUUCCACAGUAGUAAGGUCUUGAUCAGGGUUUGAAUGGUGUGACUAAAUGCAAGCCAAAUUCUUUUUGUUAUGAAACGCAUCAAAUGCCUCACAAACCGAGGGCUACUUCCUUUGUCGGCUCUCCACUCUAACUCAGGAUUGACAUUUAAUUACACAACAAACCUAGAAAGCAGGAUUCUACUCAGCUUAGACAUUACGAUAUGUUAAUCUGACGUCUCUUUGUAAACAACAUGAACAGUUAGACAAAGUGCGUCGUAUAUCUACACAAAACCAACUUUACUACUUCACACUAUCAUCGAGAAAGACGACGCAGUGCAUGUGAAGCACCUGUCAUUUAUUUAUGUAAACUUUAUGUAAGCUGACCAAAGUUUUAUGACCAAAACUUUUGAUGUUUUCUAAAGAAGAAACUGAAUUUUUUAAGAUGUUUCUCCCAACGUGACAUCCAAAACUACCUAAGUAGACCUUUCUUGUCUGUUUUACUGUAUAAUUUUACUUGUAUGUGUCAAAAUUAACUUUUGCCUCGUUAUUUGUCCAUUAGCAUUAAUUCCGAUGAUGAAUUAUUUCUCAGCAUGUCAAUUAACUAUUUUUAUUGGUUGUGGAAGUGGGCCGUCGAGAACACAUUUCUAGCUCUAACAGUUUGCUGUAAUUACACUGCUGAAUUUAUGUUUGCCAUGACGACGUAACUACACUGGAAGCCUUCACUGCUGUCUUUGCUUUUUGCUUGAGCGUUAUUAUUCAUUGUUUAUGUAAAAGUUCAGUAUUCCGUGUUUGACAAGCCAAUAAUAAGAAGCAGCUGCCACUUGUGUAUUAAUGCAGUCUGAUAUUAACUUUAAAAAAAAAGUGUGUUGCCCUUAAUAAUGCAUGCUAAUAAUUGGUGCAGAGGGGUAACACCUUCUAGACUGUUUCAUGUUCUUGUCAUUGAAUUUUUAAAUUAUAACUUUAAUGUAUCUCUUUCAUUUCAUGCCUAAUCUUUCUUUUUGUAAUUCUGACAUAUCUGCAUUUCUGAGGACCUAAUUAACCCUAAACAAAGGUCAAAUAAUAAUAAUAAUAAAUAAUUUGCCAUGUCUUGUUUGUAUCACCAUUGGUCAUCAUAUCCAAGCUGUUUAUUGUCAUUCUCUAUCUAAGCUGUUUGUGCUUAUUUGAACAUUUACCUUCGCAACGAGAGGCUGGAGUGUUUUCUGAGUGCUGCACUCCUUAUUUAUGUGUGUGUUUUGUAUUAUUUUGCACUGUUUUGUUCUCUUUGUUAUGACCCAUUUUACUGAUAUGGUUUGUGUUUUAUGUUUUUUAGAAGCAGAGUAUGGCUCAACCACAUAAAAACAGGAACUAAAAGCCUUAACAUGUGAAAAUGUGCUGUGCUCCUUUACUUUCUAUUGGAAUAAAGCUAUUUGUCUGAUUGAACAUAA